ACCACGAUAUCCCUCCCUUUUAGUUUUGUUCUCUUUGCACUCUCCGAAACAUGGCUGCUCAGGUUGCCAAUGGCGGUGGCGGUGCCGGAAAUGCUGCUUUCAAGGACAAGGAGAAGCCCAGGGCGGUUCGCAGUGCCAACAUUAUUGCCGCAAGAGCCGUGGCAGAUGCCAUCCGAACUUCGCUGGGACCAAAGGGAAUGGACAAAAUGAUUCAAACCAGCAAAGGCCAGACCAUCAUCACAAACGACGGAGCUACCAUGUUGAACCAGAUGAGCGUCAUGCACCCGUCGGCCAAGAUGCUCGUAGACCUCGCACACGCCCAAGACAUUGAAGCUGGAGACGGUACAACAUCAGUCGUGGUCAUUGCAGGCAGUCUGCUCGCAGCGGCCGAGCGGUUGUUGGGCAAGGGCAUCCACCCCACAGUCAUAUCAGAAGCCUUCCAGCGCGCAGCUCAGGAGGCCAUCUCCAUCUUAACUGACAUGGCCAUUCCCAUUUCGCUCACCGACAGGCAAACGCUCCUCAAGACGGCCACCACUGCCCUCUCGUCCAAGAUUGUUGCCCAAGAACCAAAGCUGCCCAUCAUGGCGGUAGACUCGGUGCUCAAAGUCAUCGACCCCAAGACAGCCGACAACGUGGACCUCAAGAAUAUCCGAAUGAUCAAGAAGAUGGGCGGCACCAUUGAAGACAGUGAGAUGAUUGACGGACUGGUUCUCAACCAGCCAGUGGUCAAGAGCGCCGGUGGACCCACAUUGAAGGAGAAGGCACGGAUAGGUCUCAUUCAAUUCCAGUUGAGCCCGCCGAAGCCAGACAUGGAGAACCAGAUUGUCGUCAACGACUACCGACAGAUGGACAAGAUCCUCAAGGAGGAGCGAACAUAUCUGUUGAACAUGGUCAAGAAGAUCCAGAAAGCCAAGUGCAAUGUUCUCUUUAUUCAAAAGUCGAUUUUGCGCGAUGCUGUCAACGACCUCAGUCUGCAUUUCUUGUCGAAGCUCAAGAUCAUGGUCGUCAAGGACAUUGAGCGCGACGAGAUUGAGUUCAUCUGCAAGAGCACCGGCUGCAAGCCCAUUGCCGACAUCGACUCAUUUACAGAAGACAAGCUCGGCUCAGCUGAUCUAGUCGAAGAAGUGCAGGCAUCGGGCGCUCGAUACGUCAAGGUGUCAGGUGUCAAGACAGCAGCCAGCACCGUCUCGAUUGUCUGCCGAGGUGCUAAUAGUCUUAUCCUGGAUGAAACGGAGCGAUCACUGCAUGACGCACACUGCGCUAUCCGCUCGUUAGUCAAGAAGAAGGCACUCCUUGCCGGUGGUGGAGCCCCUGAAAUUGAGAUUGCUCACCGGCUAUCCAUCAUGGCGCGUGAGCUCUCGGGCACGGAAGCCAUUUGCUGGAAGGCCUUUGCCGAUGCCAUGGAGGUUAUCCCCACAACGUUGGCGGAGAACGCAGGUCUCAAUAGCAUCAAGGUGGUUACAGAGCUGAGACAUAGGCAUGCACAAGAUCAGAAGAACGCCGGAAUCAGCAUCAAGAGUGGAGGUGUUAAGAACGACAUUAGCGAGGAGAAUGUCCUGCAACCACUGCUGGUCAGCACCAGCGCCAUUGAGCUAGCAGCGGAGACGGUCAAGAUGAUCCUCCGAAUCGACGACAUUGCGUUGUCACGGUAGAUAAGCCAAGGGGUGAAACCAUUGCCGGGGUCUUUUAAAGUGUAGAAAACAGAAAUACCACGAGGAAUGAA